CAAGCGCUUGGACAUGCUACUUAGAAAGUAGCAUUGGAAAGUAGCCAUGACAUAGCAUUUUGCAGUGUGGAUCUGUGCUAAAUGCAGGGUGAACUUUAAUUGGUUCCUAGUGAUCACACCCCUUCUUCUGAUCAACUACUCCCUCCCCCUGAUGGGCAUUGCUUCCACUUUUCUGACAUCUGAUUAAUAGUUUUCAAAGUAUUUUUUGAUACAUUCAGUAGGUUCGGUGAAUGCAUCUGUGUGGACAAGAGGCCAUGCAUCACAAAGCAAGAUUGUAGUUGUCACAGUAAUUCCUGCUCUUGGAAAUUGUCAUAUUUAUGAGCGCUCUCCGCAAACAAUCCUACCCAUCUAACGGCUUGCGCUUCUGACAGCAGUGGAAAGAAAAGUUAGCAAAUAUGCUUUCAAGUCCCACACCUGUCAAGAUUAAUUUAAAAUCUUCCACAUAGAUCAACAUUUAAUGUGAAGCUGCCGCUGCUCUCCGGGUGUGUGCAGGCUCCCCUUUUCCACCCAGUGACCUCUGAAGCAAUCUCCCCUCCUGGGGCCAGUCUGCAAACCAUGGUGCUGGAGAAACUUCUGCGUUUUGGAAAGCAGUUGCUGAGGGUGAAGGUGGUAAACUCAAAUUCCGAGGACUCCCGUCUGUCUCGAUGUCUCAACACCUUCGACCUGGUAGCCCUGGGUGUGGGAAGCACGCUGGGUGCUGGUGUUUACGUGCUCGCUGGUGCUGUAGCACGGGACAAUUCAGGUCCUGCCAUCGUCCUGUCUUUCUUGAUAGCUGCCUCAGCCUCGGUGUUGGCAGGUCUUUGCUAUGCUGAGUUUGGAGCCCGUGUCCCGAAGACGGGCUCUGCUUAUCUUUACUCAUAUGUGACGGUCGGAGAACUCUGGGCUUUCAUUACUGGAUGGAACCUCAUUCUCUCUUACAUUAUUGGUACCUCGAGUGUUGCCCGGGCAUGGAGCGCCACCUUUGAUGAGUUGGUAGGCAAACGCAUUGAGGAGUUCUGCAGAGAACACAUGUCUAUGAAUGCACCAGGUGUGCUGGCAGAAUACCCUGACAUGUUUGCAGUUCUCAUCAUAUUUAUUCUUACAGGUCUUUUGGCGUUUGGAGUGAAGGAGUCAGCGAUGGUGAAUAAGGUGUUUACAUGUGUCAAUGUUUUAGUCUUAUUAUUCAUGGUGAUCUCUGGGCUGGUCAAAGGCACUUUGAAGAACUGGCAGAUUGUUCCAGAGGAGAUCCUACAUGUCAAUCAUACAAAUAGCUCAAGCCAAAAUUUGACUGCCAUCCUGCCAUCCAAGGAGCGCAUAGGACAGGGUGGCUUCAUGCCAUUUGGCUUCCAAGGAGUACUUUCAGGAGCUGCUACAUGUUUCUAUGCCUUUGUAGGCUUUGACUGCAUCGCCACCACCGGCGAGGAGGUGAAGAACCCCCAAAGAGCCAUUCCUAUUGGGAUCGUGUCCUCACUGCUGAUUUGUUUCGUUGCUUACUUUGGUGUUUCCGCCGCCCUCACCCUCAUGAUGCCAUACUAUCUUCUGGACAGCAACAGCCCUCUGCCUGUAGCUUUUAAAUAUGUAGGCUGGGGAGGAGCCAAAUAUGCUGUCGCUGUAGGCUCUCUUUGUGCUCUGUCCACCAGCCUGCUGGGUGCAAUGUUUCCUAUGCCUCGUGUUUUGUGGUCGAUGGCUGACGAUGGGCUGCUUUUCAAGUUCAUGGCUGAGAUCAGCCCCCGCACCAAAACCCCACUAACUGCAACCUUUGCCUCUGGCACAGGGGCAGCAAUCAUGGCGUUUCUGUUUGACCUGAAGGACCUGGUGGACCUCAUGUCAAUAGGAACGCUGUUGGCCUAUACGUUAGUGGCCGCCUGUGUGCUGGUGCUAAGAUACCAGCCAGAGAUCCACAGCCCAGUGUACCAGAUAGCCAAUACCCAUGAUGAGGCAGACUCCAGUGAUGGGAUCAGUAUGGGCAUUCUUCCUGGUGUGGAGGAGAGAUUCAGUUUCCAGACUCUUCUGUUUCCAAACCACCCAGAGCCGUCCGCACUGUCAGGCUUCACUGUUAACAUCUGUACCUCUGCCAUAGGAAUGUUGAUCCUGGCCUUCAGUAUAUUGGCCGUGCAGGGAGGCCUCACUUCAUGGAACAUGGUAGCCCUGAGUGUGAUCUUCAUGGUGUGUCUCGUUCUGGUUUUCAUCAUCUGGAGGCAGCCAGAGAGUCAAACCAAACUCUCCUUCAAGGUUCCCCUGCUGCCUUUCAUUCCAGUCAUAAGCAUUUUUGUCAAUGUCUACCUGAUGAUGCAACUGGACAGAGGAACAUGGGUCAGGUUUUCCAUCUGGAUGGCUAUAGGUUUAGUCAUCUACUUCUGUUAUGGCAUUCGUCACAGCUCUGAGGCGACCUCCGCUCGCCUGUCUCUGGUAACAGAGAUGAAUGGUUUUAAUCUGGAUCAUGAAUUGGAAGCCAUGUCAAUAGAGAAAGAAGCUUUUCUCAAUGACGGCCUUGAUGUCAGGGAAGAAAACGACAGAGGGUUAUAGAAGGGACUAUAACACACAGCUCCUUGUCCACCUGCCCUGACACCAGGCUGUCAUUGUAGAAGGGUUUUUGACAGUCCACUUCUUCACCUCUCCUUUUGGGGGAAAGCUAUGCUACAAAAAUGUAAACUGUGACACCCCGUCUAGGUCCUGAUCACAUUACAGCCAAGUGGUGAUGAAUCCCUUGCAGAAAAUCCAACUGAAGCACUCAGUGGAGUCAGUAUUUUUGCAUGGCCUCGAGAUUCAGCUGUUCGUUACUGCCUGACUGUCUGUGGGAGAAGGGCUUUCAUUAGAGACAUUAACGUUUAAUGGAAGUUGAGAGGUAGAGUGCGGCCAUGUCAAGUUCCUCUACAUGUUGAGUUGGAGUGUUUAUAGGUUAAAUUGCUAGCAGUAAGACUAUGGGGUGGUUGAUGCUGCCAGAACAUUUUCUAAAAAUAGAUUGAUUUUUUAUUUUUUACAUAUUAAAACAUAAUGUCUACAUAAAUCUGAAGAACAUACAACCAUCUCAGUACUUUAUAAAAUGUGUUACCACAGUGUGCUUUGUUUGAAACUGGUCAGUGGAUCUUCAAUGAUGUAACCUUCAGGGAAAACGAUGACUUAAAGUGGCCAGCAGCAUUAUUUACUUACCUAAAAAUGUCCAUAGGAACAUAGUAAAAAAAAAAUUGAUUUUGAGAAGUUAUUUCAGUAGAAAGGGAAAUUCUUAAAACACUUAUUUCAAGCUGACCCGCCAUUGUCCUCUCUUUUUUCCUGAAAUUGAUUGAAAAGAGUUCACAUUUCCUGUCUACAUUUUACCCGUAAAAGAUAAUCAACAUCAGUUGGGUGUAUAUUUUGAUAAGUCAUAAUAACUUUUUCCUCUACACUUAUAUUACUAGUUGUCCUCAUAACAACAUCUUCUCAUCUUUAAAUUUGUCACCACAUUUUUCAUGUAAAUUAUAAAAUUUUGUCUUUGAAAUUUUAACAAAAAUUUGCUCAGGAGACGGGUCAAUCAUUCUAUAUAAGAGUGUUUAUGUACAAAAAGUUGGUUUUAAUGUGAAGACUUUACUAACCACAAAUUGAGACCUUUAGUCUCUAUGAUCUUGUACCUUGGUGAAAGAUUAAGCAUAUUUCUUAACAUGCUUCCAUUAUGUUACCCCAAACCUUUGAGGCGUUUAAUUUUGUUACACUGAUUCCUCAGUCUGUUAGUAGUGUCCGUUUUGAAUUUUGUCCUAUUCAUAUUAAUUAUAUUCAACUCUUUAAGGGAUUGGUCCUCUGAUUUCUUCUCAUCGCACUGCUUGUUGAAUGUUACUGAAUGUGUUUGGGAGAAAGGGGGGGAAAGUCCCUUUCAAGUAUAGACAUAUUUUUUGCAAUAAAUAUUUCUUGAACACAA